AUGCGUCUACAUACACAGCGAGGCUUUACCAAUCCCACUCCCAAGACCGAAUCUGCGCGUUCCGCUCUGAGCUCCUUCACCUGCACGCUCUGCAACAAGUCUUACUCUCGCCAUCCAGAAUACGAGGCCCAUAUUUCUUCAUAUGACCAUCAACACCGCAAGCGUCUCCAAGACCUCAAGCAGUUAUCCCGGGACCCCAAUGCCGCUGAGAAGGCCAGAAGAGCCGAACGGAAGGCCGACGCCGAGGCCGGGUUAAGGGUCAUCGACACACCCAAAGCUGCAUCAGUAUCUACUACGGGAACGGGAUCUGGAGCAGGUGGAAGUACAGGGGGCGGGGGAGGGUUUAAAAAGGGAGGGUUCAAAAGUUCCUUUACCACUGUGAAAGGACCUGUGGCUCCUGCAGCUCCCACGAAGAAAAAUGUCCUAGGCGGUGACGAUGAUGACAAUGAAAUUCCAGAAGCAGAUGAUGCGAGUCUGCGGCGCGCUCGGAGCCAAUCGACGAAACACGAAAAUAUGCAGGUUGAUCAGGCGGAGAGCGAUACUGAUGAAGAGUACGACGGGGAUGGGGGUAUGAAUGGGGUGUAUUACAAUCCUCGAAAUCCCACCGGUUGUUCCCCUGCGUGUGCUGGUGCUAGGAACGUUCCUCUAGAGACUUCCUUUGUCUGA